AUGAGCUUCCCUUUGAACUCCCGGAUCACUGCAUUCCUGGCUGGCAUAACACGUGGAUCAUCUCGAGCCAUGAAGUUUGCUCCCCUCAAUGGUGGUCCAACUGCCCUUCUAUCACUGUACCGGGAUAUCCACAGCUUUGCCAUACCGAAAAUGGAAGAAUUUGAAGUCGAGAUUGUACAAUAA